UCGCUGUCUCCCAGAAAUCAGGCUCAGCGGUUUGCCGUGCACCGUAAUGCUGGGAAGUCUGGACCGAGCCCUGAUGGUGUGAGAGCGAGAGCAGGGGAAGCCCAUCAGAUUCAAUUGCAAUCUGGGGUACAAUUCAUUUUCUUUUUUCCUCUCGACCCCCAUUCAUCUCUGUCCUCCUUGUCCUCCCCCUUCGCCAGCUCUCUCUUCCCUCGCCAAACUCCACUGCACGGAGCUGAAGAUCAAGGCUGGUGGAUUUAUCAACAUUUUACCACCACCCCCACCCCUUUUUCCAGAUGCACCUCCCCACUCACCCUGACAGCUGCAAAAGAGAGCACAGGUUUUUUAGCAAGCAAGGCAAGUUGGACUGACAUGCAAAGGAGAACCCCCCCAUAUGCGUGCACGCACACACACACGCGCACACACACACACACACACACACACCGUCAGUGAUUAACCACGAGAUGCAAUGAGCUCCCUUUAGGAACCGGAAGGAUUUGUAUUGGGGAGCAAGCAGAGCCCCCCAAACCCUCCAAAAAAGUCAGCAAAGCAACCAGAAGGGGUUCUCGGCCUUUUUGGAUCUACACAGUGGAAGUUGCAUCUUGUGUAUGGCGUGGUUAAGCUUGCAGCCUCUCACCUCGGCCUUCCUCCAUUUUGGGCUGGUUACUUUUGUGCUGUUUUUGCAUGGUUUGCAGGUGGAUGCUGGCCUGACGGGAGACUCAACCAGUUCAGUACAAAACAGUUCGUGUUCAGGAUCUUUUGACUGCAAGGAGGGUGUUAUCCUGCCAAUAUGGUACCCAGAAAACCCAUCUCUUGGGGACAAAAUUGCCCGGGUUAUUGUAUACUUUGUAGCACUGAUCUACAUGUUCCUUGGAGUCUCCAUCAUUGCAGAUCGUUUCAUGGCAUCUAUAGAGGUCAUUACAUCACAAGAGAAAGAAAUCACAAUUAAGAAACCCAAUGGAGAGACCACAACAACCACCAUUCGGAUCUGGAAUGAAACUGUUUCCAACUUGACCCUCAUGGCUCUGGGCUCCUCUGCUCCUGAGAUCCUUCUGUCGCUGAUAGAAGUAUGUGGGCAUGGAUUCAUAGCUGGAGACCUGGGGCCUUCCACGAUUGUUGGCAGUGCUGCUUUCAAUAUGUUUAUCAUCAUUGCCAUCUGUGUCUAUGUGAUCCCUGAUGGGGAAACCAGAAAGAUAAAACACCUGAGGGUUUUCUUUGUCACAGCUGCAUGGAGCAUUUUUGCUUACAUUUGGUUGUACAUGAUCCUUGCUGUCUUUUCUCCAGGUGUCGUUCAGGUCUGGGAAGGUCUGCUCACACUUUUCUUCUUUCCACUUUGUGUCCUUCUGGCUUGGAUAGCAGAUAAACGUCUGCUUUUCUAUAAGUAUAUGCACAAAAAGUACCGUACUGACAAGCACAGGGGCAUUAUCAUAGAAUCAGAAGGUGAUCACCCUAAGGGAAUUGAGAUGGAUGGCAAGAUGAUGAACUCCCACUUUUUGGAUGGAAACCUAGUGACUGUGGAGGGGAAGGAGGUAGAUGAAUCUCGCAAAGAGAUGAUUCGGAUCCUUAAGGACCUGAAGCAGAAGCACCCGGAAAAGGACUUGGACCAGCUGGUAGAAAUGGCUAACUACUACGCCUUGUCUCAUCAGCAAAAGAGCAGAGCUUUUUAUCGCAUUCAGGCUACCAGAAUGAUGACUGGAGCUGGAAAUAUUCUGAAGAAACAUGCAGCUGAGCAAGCCAAGAAGAGCACCAGCUUGCAUGAGGUGCGGCCGGAUGAGCCUGAAGAAUUCAUCUCCAAAAUUUAUUUUGACCCGUGUUCCUACCAGUGUCUUGAGAACUGUGGUGCCGUUCUCCUGACAGUGGUGCGGAAGGGAGGGGACAUGUCCAAGACCAUCUAUGUGGACUAUAAAACGGAGGAUGGCUCUGCCAAUGCUGGUGCCGACUAUGAGUUCACAGAGGGGACUGUUGUCCUGAAAUCAGGGGAGACCCAGAAGGAGUUCUCUGUGGGCAUUAUUGAUGAUGACAUCUUUGAGGAGGAUGAGCAUUUCUUUGUGCGGCUCAGUAACAUCCGUGUGGUGGAGAGUGAGGAGCCUCCAGAGCUCAGUAACUCCCCGUACCCAAAGGCCAUACUGGCCUCUCCUUGUGUGGCCACAGUGACUAUUCUGGAUGAUGACCAUGCCGGCAUCUUCACAUUUGAGUGUGAUGUUAUACAUGUCAGUGAGAGCAUUGGUGUGAUGGAAGUCAAAGUCCUAAGGACAUCAGGUGCUCGGGGUACAGUCAUAGUGCCAUAUAGGACAGUAGAAGGGACAGCGAAAGGAGGUGGAGAGGAUUUUGAAGACACCUAUGGGGAGCUGGAGUUCAAGAAUGAUGAAACUGUCAAAACAAUUCACAUCAAGGUAAUUGAUGAUGAGGAGUAUGAAAAAAACAAGAAUUUCUUCAUUGAGCUGAUGAGCCCACGCAUGGUGGAUAUGAGUUUACAGAAAGCUCUACUGCUCACUCAAGAAGUGGCUGACAGGAAGCUAACGGUUGAAGAGGAGGAGGCCAAGAGGAUUGCAGAGAUGGGCAAACCCAUACUUGGCGAGCAUCCCAAACUAGAAGUCAUCAUUGAGGAGUCCUAUGAGUUCAAGAGCACCGUGGACAAGCUGAUUAAGAAGACAAACCUGGCUCUGGUUGUAGGGACACAUUCCUGGAGGGACCAGUUCAUGGAGGCCAUUACCGUCAGCGCAGCGGGCGAUGAAGACGAGGAUGAGUCUGGCGAGGAACGCCUGCCAUCCUGCUUUGACUACGUGAUGCACUUCCUGACUGUCUUCUGGAAGGUGCUGUUUGCCUGUGUGCCCCCCACGGAGUAUUGCAAUGGCUGGGCCUGCUUCGUCGUUUCCAUCCUGAUCAUCGGCAUGCUCACUGCGGUCAUCGGAGACCUUGCCUCCCACUUUGGCUGCACCAUCGGCCUCAAGGACUCGGUGACCGCUGUCGUGUUUGUAGCCUUCGGCACUUCCGUACCAGACACUUUUGCCAGCAAAGCAGCAGCCAUCCAGGACGUGUACGCCGACGCAUCCAUCGGCAACGUCACGGGCAGCAACGCGGUCAACGUCUUCCUGGGCAUCGGGCUGGCGUGGUCAGUGGCGGCGAUCUACUGGGCCUCGCAGGGGCAGGAGUUCCAGGUGUCGGCGGGCACCCUGGCCUUCUCCGUCACCCUCUUCACCAUCUUCGCGUUCAUCUGCAUCAGUGUCCUGCUCUACCGCCGACGGCCGCACCUCGGAGGGGAGUUGGGCGGCCCCCGGGGCUGCAAACUGGCCACAACGUUGCUCUUUGUGAGCUUGUGGCUACUGUACAUCCUCUUCGCCACCCUGGAGGCCUACUGCUACAUCAAGGGGUUUUAGGCAGUGGAAGGACGGUGCCGCCAGGGGGAGGCAUCCCCCUCCUCCGUUACCUCACUGGACACCAGUCCUCAAAGCGCAGUUUCACCAGAAAGGACAGCUGUCAGUCAGGUACCGCCAUUGCCCAAACAGCAGGACCGCUGGGCGUGGAGAAGGGCAAAAACCAUCACAGGACAAACAAACAAACAAAACCCUUCCAAAAUCAAACAAAAGCCAAGAAUGCAACAAAGGCAAGUAUUCAAACAAAACAAGUCAAAACAAACCCAUCCACUGACCCCAUUCGAUGAAAUUCAGAAAUUUCAGCCACCUUCAAAGGUCACAUCUUCUGUAGGUUCUUGCUUCCUUUUUUUCCUGAAAACCCCUUCAUUAUAAGGAUACAUAAUCUUUUUUUUUUUUAAUACUCUUUGGGAAUUGCAAAAUGCAAAAUCCAGUAUGAGCAGGAUUUUUUUUUUCUUUUGCUUAUUGCUCUUUGGUUUGGGAGGGGGCAUGUUAUUUUAUUUUUUUUUCUUUUUUAUUACUCUAAGAGGAAAAAUGUUAAAAAUUUAAAAUCAAAAGCUUCAAGCUGCCAUCAGUGCUGGAAUUGAACAUGUGUAUUUUUUUGAUGCCACAAAAAACUGUGCCACAGUGAAAGAACUUCACUAUUACCAUUUCUUCCCCCACCUCCUUGCAUUUCUUUCUUUUUUAAGAACAUCACAAGACUGAUAUAUUUUUAAUACAAACAUACACACACACGCACACACGCAGAGAGGACAAUUCAGUGAUGGAGGCUGGAGCAUGUAGCAUCUCAACCACCUGCCAGGGCUAAGAAAAAAGGAAGGGAAAAAAACAAAACCCAACCCUCUACUAUAAUAUGUAUCAUGUAUAUUUUGACUAUGGCAUUUCUCUUUGUAUAAUUAACUUUGAGCUUGUGGUACUGCAGGGAGAGAAAAAUCAUGUUAAUUUACAGAAGAUAAAGAAAUAAACAGAUACCCAGAAAUAGCCUGCCAUGUGGGGAAGAAAAGGGGCCCCAGGAAAGUAGCACAUGUUCCUUGUAAUCACAGUGUGGCUGCAUUUGAUCAGCUGCCGAGGGCAGUGGAGCAGUCCCUGGUCUUGAAAGUGAAAAUGAAGUCAUGUAAAUAACAUGUUGGGCUCAUGUACUGGUGCAAGCAAGACACCUCAAGGCAUAAGAUGUCUGAGAGUUUUUCUAAGCAUUAUGUUACCAAGUUGAAUUCAUUCUUAAAACACACGAGUUUGCAAAAGGGAAA